AUGGAUCAACUCAAAAAGCUCACCCGCAAGGUGAAAGCAUCCCUCACCGACAGCCCCCCCUCCUCCCCCGAAGAACCCCCUCGAUCCUUCUUCAACACAACCCCUCCCCCGCUGCUUCGGCGCGUCUCCAACCGCCUCGCAACAGGUCUCAAAGACCUGACAGACCGCGGCCCCCCUUCCUCUCCCUCCUUCCGCCCUCCCCAAAACGAAGCCUCCUCAAGCCUAGUCCCCGUCAUCCGAAGCCUAUCCCGCCGCGGCGCCGGCGGCAGCGGCAGAAACAGACCGAUCCCCCACCUCCCAUACCGCAUCCCGGACCCGGAUCCCAUGGCCCCGUUAGGCGGCGGACGAUCCACGAACCCGGGGUCCGUGAAGCACAUCCGCGAUAAGUUUGUCCGGUGGACGGCGCGUCCGGGCGGGGAGUACGACGCCCGCUGGAAGGGCGCCUGUAUCCCGACGGGCGAGCACGUCUCGAAGAUGCUGGAGUGGUAUACCCAAAGUGACGUCUACGAGUUCCCCUUCAUCGGCACCGUCACGCGGAUGAGCUGCGGCGCGACAAACGCGUUCUACUUUGUCGAGUUCGAGCCCACUUCCAGGCCCGUCGGCCAGGGUAAGUCGCCGCCGCUUCCGCGACAGGUCAUCCUCAAGCUCAGCCUGCCUGUGUGUCCCCACGAGAAGCUCGAAGCCGAGGUUGCGGCGAUGGUGUUUGCUAGGCAAGUAUCCCCGGCCGUGGUUCCUCAGAUCCUCGUGUUUGACUCCAUCGGUAGGAACCCGCUCGGGUUGGAGUGGAUGAUUAUGGAGGUGCGUACCGGAUUCCCUUUGCUCAGUGCCUUCGAGGAGAACUACAUCCUCGCGGCGCACGACCUAAACAUGGCUAAGCAGGAUACUGGGUUGGAAGGGUUCGGGGACAUAUCGCCCGAGACGAUGCCGUCCCUGAGCGACGAGGACACGAAGGCCAUUGCGAGGGAAGUGCAGCUGGUUCUUUCGAAGUUGCAGAGCUCUCUACCGACCAUCCCCAAGAACCAGGUGAGCAUCGGGAGUCUUCGCAUCGAUUGGUCAAAGAAAGAGUUCUUCACCGGACCGAUAGUCCACCCUCACUUCUACAGCCGUGACAGAUACUGGCAAGUGCGGAACAACGGGCCUUUCAGAUACAUCGAAGAUUACGUUGAUGCCUACACUUCGGUCUGGGAGCCCGAAUUCAGAAGCCAUCCCGAAAUCAAAGUGCGUAUAGGGAAGUUGCGAGAGAUAGCCCGGGCAAUGACAAGCCGUGUUAGGUUCAGUGUCCCCAAUCCGAUUCAAGUCGAAAGUACUGGUGGCAGCGUGGAUGGCUGGCCUGUGAGUUUAGUCCAUCCUGAUCCUCACCCAGGUAACAUUCUCUUCAACGGAAACCGGAAAUUGGCAAGCAUCAUGGGUUGGGAGGAUGCGGUCUUGAUACCAGCGCCGCUGCGAAACCUGCCCGUGGCAUUGGAUUGGGCGAUGCAACUCCACGGAGUGGCUGAUGCCAUUGAUCCCAUGCAGGUGAAUGUGCUUGAGGCUUUGCCCAUUCGUACAGAGCGAGUACUACUGACAUUGCAGGAAUGGGCGAAGAGACAUGUCUCCGAAUCACUAGAACCCGUGAUGAAUUUUCAAGGAGGGGUCGAUGCCUCUUUCCAAGCAUUGAAGAUAGCCUGCGAGGAGAUGAUGCGGCAGAGAAGUAUAGAUUGGAUUGAGCGUGUCCAUUCCCAGCUCGUUGGCCAGUCUCAUAGGGAAAGGUAG